UGGUGAUUCCUGGGGUAGUCGGAAUAUCUCCACUCUUGAUGCCAUGACUAAGGAAUUAGGAGCACAUCUUUUGCAGACCCUUGAUGGAUUUAUUUUCGUAGUAGCACCCGAUGGGAAGAUCAUCUACAUCUCAGAGACUGCUUCGGUCCAUCUUGGUUUAUCGCAGGUUGAGUUAACGGGUAAUAGUAUUUAUGAAUAUAUCCAUCCUGCUGAUCAUGAUGAGAUGACUGCUUUACUCACUGCUCACCAACCAUACCAUACACAUCUACUUACAGAUUAUGAACUGGAACGUCAGUUUUUCUUGAGAAUGAAGUGCGUGCUGGCCAAGCGGAAUGCUGGAUUAACUUCGGGCGGUUACAAGGUGAUCCAUUGCCACGGUUACUUGAAGAUCAAGCAAUACACCAUGGACAUCGCCCCCUACGACGGAUGUUAUCAAAAUGUUGGUUUGGUUGCUAUCGGUCACUCGUUACCUCCUAGCUCACUCACCGAGGUUAAACUAUAUAAUAACAUGUUCAUGUUCAGGGCCAGUCUUGAUAUGAAACUAAUCUUCCUUGAUGGCAAAGUGGCAGUUCUGACUGGGUAUGAACCGCAGGACCUGAUUGAAAAGACGCUCUAUCACUUUGUACAUCCCAUGGAUAUCAUGCAUAUACGAUAUGCACAUCACACAUUGUUAUUAAAAGGUCAAGCCACAACCCGGUACUACCGAUUUCUAUCCAAGCAAGGAGGAUGGGUUUGGAUGCAGAGUGCUGCUACUAUUGUCCACAAUAGCCGAUCAUCUAGACCACACUGUAUCGUCAGUGUUAACACUGUACUAAGCAAAAUGGAAGAAAAGGAGCUUAUUCUUCAGUUUGAUCAACUCCAAGCCAAAACGGAAUCGAGUUUCUCCACUGUCGAGGAAAAGACGAGACCGAGUAAAAGCAAAAAGAAAAGCAAAUCAUCUAAAUACCAACCAUAUCAAGUGCAACCUCCUACACAGACCUUGCUCUAUCAAGAUGCUAUGUCAGCAGCAGCUGCUGCAAGUGAAUACACUCAGGCAAGGACUUAUGGUCAAUAUGCAACGGCUUGUGAGGUUCCAGUACCUACGCCGCAAUUGACAGCAGCCUACCAGGAAGGAUUGGAUAGAUACAAUGCCAUGUAUUCGGCAACUUAUGCCGCAGGCUACCAACAUAACAUGUACGCUGAUGGAACUUACGGUGCGUACGGAAAUUCGUUCGCGUACCCGACCGCCGAGGCAUACGCGCAUUGCGUGAACGAUAGAUUCUCGUCAUACCGCGGACAUUAUGGGGAUGACCGGUAUUACGGAUCGACAGACGCAGCGAGAAGUUAUUUCACGUGGACCGCCGCGCAUGGCUACGGGACAGACGCAUCGUCUUACGCUGAUACGCGCAAGAGUUCGCAUUCUUAUUCAGUGACGGAUAACCUGAGAAGUGCUCCAAGUACCUCCACAUGUUGCAAUGAUACCAGCGAUGUUCGACAUUUAGAAACACUUUCUCAAUCUUGCACCACAAUGACGUCACCGAAUAAUGGCGUUUCCACCGAACAAUCUCACACAGUAACGUCACCAGCGCAAACGGGUAGCCCUUCAGGCGUUACGACCGUUUCUCCGAGGGCAUAUAGUCAUGACAAAUCGCGACAAAGAAGGGAAAGUGAUACAGUCAGCAAUGGCAGCAGGAAGUUUGAGAGUCUGGUACACGCAACAGAAAGACUUGUCAAGGAAGAACGUCAUAAACUGAACAACAGCAGAUUGAAUGGUGUAAAUACAUCUCAAAAUGAUGUAACAAACACCCAUCAUAUGGGCCAAUCAGAAACAAGAAGAAGUUCUUCAGAGAACUCAUCGGUGAGAAAGAAUUCUUCUGGUGCAACCGAUAAUCGCGAUUCAAGAGACCUUCAUGAUAUUUCGUAUUCAACGCGCACGUCAGACCUCAACCGUCACACAUCUACCUACGAUAGCGCAAGAAGUACCAGUCCAAGUCGUAGGACAUCAUCCCUCCGUAAUGGACACACUUCACCCCCGUCCAUAAAUGGUACCUCCCGUCUCACUGACUAUUAUUCAGCCAAUAAGGACUCGUCGAUGUGCUAUUCAGGGAACACGGCUCUGGCGCGGACGUCGGCUUACGCCGCUUAUGGGACGUCGGAGGCGGCAAUAGCGGACCAGUGUCGAGAUCCCAAAGAAUACCCUUACUUUCAUAACUCCACCACGAUGUGUGAUAGAACAGGUUUAGGAUGGUAUGCAAAUGGCGCUCAUCUAAAGGAUCUCCAUAAUGCAUAUGCCUACUGAGAGAAUGAAAACUCCUGAACUCUGAUAAAAGAUAAACAUUAAUCCUAACUAUUGGGCAUUCAAUAUGAUUUAUAUGUUCUUACUCUUGUUAAGUGUAAACUCAAUAAAUGAGGUGUGAUUGGCUUUUUAGAUGUAUCUGUAUUGCCAUUUUUUUAAAGGUUUAGUCAAUAUUGCAAACUGCAAUUUAUCACGUUAAUAAUGUAAUAAAAGCCCCCACUUAAUCAAAUUGGUCAAAUAGACCUCUCACAUUGUCAGGGGGUAGCGCCGGGAGGCAAAACGACAUGAAGAUGAUGGUAUCAUUCUUUUUUCAUAAUUCAAUAAUUCAUCUUAAAAGAGAUACACGGCCCAGACCUCUCUGCUAAGAUAUUCUUCUUUAUCAUGUUUUUAACCCUUUCUCAACAUUUUCUCUUGUCCUCCU